AUAAUACGUUUCAGGAUCAUCUGAAUCGCAGAACUGGAAUGUGCUUCUUUUCUUCUCGCACAGAAAAACCAGAAAUCCGAAGUAUCGUUUCAAGUGAGAGAAUACGUUCUGCCAACGUAUUCGGUUAGCAUUUCGACGACCAAAGUGAUACUGCCAAGAGGGUCCGAGAUUCUUGUCAAGGCAAGCUACGUUUACGGGAAGCCAGUGAAAGGCAACGCAGUCGUCACGUUUGCUGUGCGUAACGAAGUCAACGGCGACGUCAAGUUUGGCACGAGACUUGUUGGAAAGUUGAGUGAAGGGACAGCACGUUUCACGGUUCCCUCUGACGAACUCAAAAACGGCAGCGACUGGAAGGACUGGGUCCACGGCAACAGACUUUUCGUGCGAGCCGUGGUCGUCGAGGAAGCGACGGGAAAGCAGGAGGCCGCGCAGGAUGACUCGGCAGUCUUCAGCAACUCGGCCUACAACGUCAGUCUGGAGAACACUCGACGAGACUUCAAGCCCGGCACGAUAGUCGCGGUCACGGCAGACAUUCGUCAUGCGAACGGUGAACCAGCCAAUCGCGUUGAAGCAGAGAUGACAGUGACCAAUGAAAAUGGCACGGAGUUGAGAGCGUACAGCAAGAAGAGAACGACCAUCGAGGAGGGAAAGGUGUUCUUCGACUUCACAAGUUACAAAGAUCAACAACGCCUCAACAUCAAGGUUCGUACAACAAAGGAAGAAGAAUACCAACGUGCCGAAGCCUCCAUGACGCUGUACAAAUACACGUCACCGGUGAACGCCUUCAUUUCCAUACGUUAUAGUCCACAUAACAAAGAUGAAUUCAAGGAAGGAAACAAUUUCGAAAGGUAUAUAACUACGUAUCCAGACGAUAUCUCAACUGUGUUUUACCAGGUCAUGGCACGGGGCAAGAUCGUGUUGCAUAAGAGGACGAGUCGAACAGAGAGCAGUAAUUAUGAAGUGCGAUUUACGCUGACCGAGGAGAUGGCCCCCAAGUUCCGGUUGCUGGUCUUCGGAUUCCACCAGGGCCACGUGGUAGCCGACUCGGAAGACUUCGAUAUGGGUGAAGACUGCUCCUCCUCUUCUGAGAUAAAAGUGGUGACCGCCAGCGACAUCAGGGAGCCUGGAGUUGUAGAAUCGUUUGGUGUAGAAGGAAAACCGAACACGAGAGUUGGUCUACUGGCCAUCGAUAAAGCCGCCUACCUUCUCGGUGAAGCCAGCCUGCUCACCAGAAAGAAGCUAUUUGGAGCGCUUCGGUCGCACGACCUCAGUUGCGGGCCAGGCGGAGGUAUCACGGCGGACGAGGUUUUCGCCAACGCUGGCGUCGUUGUCAUCUCGGCCGAGAAUUCUGUCGACAGCAUCACAUCAGACAACAGCUGUGCUGCCAAGGCUCAUCGCCGCAAGAGGGAUGUCCGUGACGCAAGGCUUCAGUUGUCCAAUCCGUUUCUGCAACUCUGCUGUGACGUGGGCACCAUGCCGGACAGACUACGGAGGCACUGCUCUACCAGGGAGGACAUCAUCCGACGCCACUACAACAGCCCGGAGGGCAACGAAUGCGCCGACGCGUUCGCUCACUGUUGCGCUCGCACAUUCCAAUCCGGUGAAAUGCCUUCGUUCACGGACAGCACCGACUUAUUAAGAGCUCGGUUUAGCGACGUGCCGGCCUGGAAUAACGAGGAAGAUCCUUUGGCCAGCGUAGUGCUGAGACAAGAAUUCCGAGAGACGUCGGUGUUCGAUGAAGGAACGAUCGGGGACAGCGGCUGGUACAACAAAUCGUUCACUUUGCCGGACAGCAUCACGACGUGGUCUGUUCAGGCAGUAGCGGUGUCGCCGCGUGGUGGCGUUUGCGUUGCGAGGCCCGUCGAGGUUGUGGCCUUCAAAGACAUGUUCCUGCAAGUCACCUUUCCCCCGACGGUCGUCAGAAACGAGCAGGUCGAGAUCGUGGCGACCCUGUUCAACUACGACAAGGAAUCACACGACGCCGAGAUCUACCUGAACGGAGCUCCGGACUUGUGCAUCGCGUCCAAGCAUCCCCGGCUGCCGCACAAGAAGCGGCUCAGAGUGGCGAAGAAUUCCGCCGGCAGCGUCAGCUUUCCCGUGGUUCCCUUGCGACAGGGCACUUUUCCCAUCACAGUCAGCCUCCGAGGUAACGGCCGUUUCGAAGAUGUUCAGAAGACGCUGACAGUCGUGCCCGAGGGGACGCCCGUUGAACAGAGCUUCACUGUCAUUGUUGAUCCAAGCAACGAACAACGUCGGCGAAAGAGGGCCGUUGUGACAAAGGCGUACAGAGAUAUCUUGGAGGAAGGAGACCAGCGACAGUUGAUAACGAUCACUCCACGUUAUCCUCAUAACACGGUGCCGGACACUGAAUGGUGCACGGUUUCGGUCAUAGGCAGCGAAGCGGCUUCAGUCGGAGGAGAGUCGAUCGCGGACGUAGAGUCUCUGAUAUCGAUGCCCAAGGGAUGCGGAGAGCAGACCAUGAUGAUCAUGGCACCGGCACUAUACGCUUACAAGUAUCUCAACAUCAAGAACAUGCUCAACGAAUCCGGCAGAGGGGACGCUCUGAAAUAUCUGCUCGAAGGAUACGGGCGAGAGCUGAAAUUUCGAAACGAAGACGGAUCGUUUGCCGCUUUCGAGAAGAAGCCUGGGAACGUAUGGCUUACCGCAUUCGUGCUCAAGGUGUUCUGCGAGGCCCGAAACGUCAUCGACGUAAGCCCUGACGUCAUCGAAAAAGGAUUAUCCUGGCUGUCGGCUCAGCAGAAACCCGACGGUAGCUUUCGGGAGCUGAAUCCCAUUUUACAUCGAGAAAUGCUGGGAAGCAUUCAUGGAGCAAUGGCGAUGACUGCGUUUGUCCUGCUCUCCUUUCAAGAAUGUGCGGCUGCGUCACCUAUUGUGCCUCAGGGGAUACACCUAACGAUUGCACGUGCUCAGUUCUACAUCCGGGAAAAACUGGACGACAUCAAAGUUCCGUACGUCGCAGCUCUGACGGCGUACGCCCUCAGCUUCUCUCCGGGACCCGACCGGCAAAAGUCAAUGGAAACACUGAAAAGCUCAUCUGCUCGAAGAUACAGGUACUCUCCAACACCGACUGCUUACAUCAUAGAGAAUCCCAUGAACUCCCUCAGCACGGGUUACGAGGCUACUGGCGUGGACGUGGAAGGCACCAGCUACGCGCUGCUGGCCCAUCUCAAGCACAAUGACAUGGACUCGAGCAAGAAGUUCGUGAACUGGCUUUUACGUCACCGUUCAGCUUCGGGAUCUUUCGUAUCUACUCAGGACACCGUGGUUGCACUUCAAGCCCUCUCCGAGUACUCGAUACAAGCGUCCACGGCUGCUCCGGACAUUUCUGGCAUGGUCCUGGCUGAUAAUACGCCACAACUUCUCCGCGUUAAAAGAGAGAACGCUGCUCUGUUACAGGAGUUUCUUAUUAUCAACGCCCGAGGAAAAAUAGUCGUUAACGCCACAGGAACAGGAACAGCAGCGCUAAAUGUGAAGCUGCGGUACAACGUCCUGGCUCCACCUCAACAAAACUGCAAGUUUUCUGUUUCCGUGACAGCUGUAGUCUAUCAUGAGUUAUUCGACCAGGGUCCUGGAGGAAUAUGCGACCUCGCUACGAGAAGGCUGGGAUUGCUGCACUGUCCGCUACCAGCGUCCAGACGUCGCGUUGGAAGAGCGACAGCCUCGGGACGGCCAGGAAACAAUUUUGACAACCGGCUCACCUAUCAGAUAAAAGUGUGCACGAGGUACUUGGCUGGUAACGAAUCGAACAUGGCUAUUGUGGACGUUGGAAUUUUCACUGGAUUCAAACCGAAUACGGAUGAUCUGAAGAAAGUUGUCAGCGAUAAUGCAGAAGUUGGAAAAUACGAAGAACGGGAUAACGGCGUCGUCUUUUACCUGCAAACGGUGAAAGCUGUCACCGAGACCUGUCUAAAGUUUCGGAUUGAAAAAGAAUUUGAUGUGACGAAUCUUCAGACUUCGACAGUGAGGGUGUACGAUUACUACGAUGGCAGCGUUUCUCCAUCACAGUCCAACGUUGGCUCAUCUUGCAGCAAAUCCUACGGACCGGAGUCAGCGAGCUUUUCGGUUAAGCUUUUCUGCGAUGGAAAUAUGUGCAAGUGCGCUACAGCGGAGUGUCCCGUCAACGAAACCUUCAGUGACGUCAUCAAGCCUGGAAGACCACACGUGGAAUCGAACAAGAAAGCACUCGAAAAGAUCGCAUGUGAUGAUCAUGAUUAUGUGUGGAAAGGCAACGUGUCUGCGAACUACGUGAUCGCAGGUUACAGGCACAUCGCGUUCUACAUCGACAAAGUUAUCAAAGAAGGGGAAGAAAACGAGACUAUAAAGGGCCAGACGAGACUACUCGUCGGCCGCCAGCUGUGCAACACGUCAAACCUGGACGUCGGACGCGAGUACAUCAUAUUCGGCAAGGACAGCGACCAAGUCAUUGACGGAGACACGAGUAUCAGGUAUCCGUUGAAUCAUAAAGUUCGUGUCUACGACGUGGCAAGGGCACCGAAAUGGAAUAAGAGAACCAUUACAUGGCUCUCUGAAUACUUUCCCCGAAAUGGAGGCUGCAAUGAAUAAAUAUUUCAUAAUGAAUA